AUGCAGUCGACAUCAGCAGCGAUUGCAGCAGCAGCCGUUUCGGGCACCGACCUGAGAGCUCAAGCCAACAGCGUCAAGGGAUCUGACGCAGCUGCUAAGAAGAACCCGAGCUCUGCUAGCGUGUUGGCCAGCAACGGGUUCGAUGCCCCCGAGGCUGAAGCAUGGAUGCAGAGCAGAUGGAAGGUCGUACACUCGAGCACUACGGACAAGAGGGUGCCAGAAGCUGAGAGGCCACAAGUCUAUAAGGCAGCCCCGGGCGCUGCUGGAGCUGCGUGGGGUCCUAACAAGACUGGCGCAGGUCGCUAG